AUGUUUGAAGGUCUUUCGAAAUUGUUGGUUGGGUCUUCGACCACGGCUGCUGCCGAAAAGGCUGCUUCCACUGCUUCAAGUGUCGCAGCCAGUGCUACCUCUAUCGUUGCUAAUAUUCCAAAGAAAUAUACUCAAUAUACUUUGGAAGAAUUGAAUGAAUUAUCGAUUUUACAACGUCUUCAAUUGCACGAUUGGACUUUGGAAAUGCUUACUUUUGGGUUCACCAUUGUUUUCGUUAUUUUAUUCAAAUUUGGAGACUACUAUAAUCAUAGCAUUGUCACCAAAUUUUUGAAAGGUGUUGACCAAGUUUUCACUGGAAAUUUUUAUCAAUUCGGGACUUCUAGUAAUGAAUUGUAUAUUAAGGAUAGUGCCGAAAACUACUCUUCUUAUGCCACCGGUAGAGCAAAUAUUGAUAAAGUUAAUAUUACUUUCAAAUUGAAACCAAGACAUAAUAUUUUUGUUUUCUGUUUAGAAACAAUCAUGAGUUAUUUCACUGAAUCAGUUCUUGCUCCAACUGACAGAGUUGAUAUUGAGAUCUUCCCUUCUGGUAAUGCGUCUUACGAUAACUUUAUCCAAGCAGUUGUUUCUAAAAUCGGUAUGAAUGAUUACAGAAAAUUCAAUUACUUCUUAUCAUUAACCAAGACUUCUGAUUCUCCUUUAAUCCCAGAAUCUUUUGUCGUUAUGACUGAAGUUAAUGAAAUUCAAGAAAAAGUAAUCACUCCUGAUUUAAGAGAUUCUUUAACUUUAGAUGCUGCAAACUAUUUGAGAUUUAUCUCAUUUACUGAUCAACCAUCCGAUAGACCAGAAUCUUUACGUGAUUUAUUACCAAAACGUAGAAUCAUCAUCUCAACUCACUUGGUUACUGGCGAAUCUCAAUUACAACAAUUAUCCAAAGUUUUACAAUCUAUCUUCGAUACUGUUGAUAAAUUAUCUGCAAGAGAAAUUACUUUCAAAAAUGAAACUUUAAGAAAAAUUGUUAAAACUAGAGAAGUUGAAGUUAAUAAGAUUCAAAAAUUAAUCGAUGCUGCUAAAGAAGAAGAAUUGGCUGAAGAAAAAGCUAAAUUAAAACAACAAGAAAAAGAUAAAUUUAGAAGUUUAUCUAGAGAUGAACAAAUUAAGCUUGAAAAGAAAGCCAAUGAAAAGAAACAAAGAAAACUUCAAAAAAAGCAAAGAGUUAAAGUUUAA